CUUUACGCCUCUGGAAUAGCUGCGGCGGUACCGGGAGUGGCCGUCGGGCAGCGGGCCGUCUGUGUUUCUGUCUGUGAGUCUGUGGCUCGGGCAGUCAUGCGGCGCUGUACGCUCCUUCUCUUGCCGGUGCUCCUCGCCGUCCUGGUCUCCGUCAGAGGCCAAGAUGACUUCUCCUUAGGAGAUGCACUUUUGGAAGAAAGUACAAAGAAGCCUCUUGCAACUCAGAAGACACCAUCAUCAAAUCUAGAUGAUUUUGACUUGAUCCAUGCUCUUGAUCCUGAUGAUUCCAAGCCACAUCCUCCUGCAAACCCUAAAGACACUGAUAACCCCAAGCGAGAUCAACCUAAAGGCUCUGACACAUUUGAUGACUCAGAUCUAUGGGAUGGCGAUCUCCCAAGAGGAGGGAGUGAUGGCAGUGGCAGUAAUGAACGAAAGGGCCCAACUCCAAAAACUGGCCAAGAAGAGGAGGCCUCUCCGGGAGCAAUAGCUGGAAUUAUAAGUGCUGUGGCUGGUAGUGCAGUUGCAGCCGUAUCUGGUUUCAUUGCUUAUCAGAAGAAGAAACUCUGUUUCAAGCAAAGCGCAGAUGAAGAGAAUGUGAAUAUGGAAAGCCAUAGAGGAGCACAAUCUGAGCCACCUGUUCAGCGCACACUUCUGGAGAAUUAAACUAAAAAAAGAGUGGUGAAGAACACAUCUUUGGAACUGGAUAAACAACCUGCAUUCUGCCAAGAAAAAAAAAAAAAAAAAGGAAACAAAAAAAGCAUAAUAUAAACAGCAGUGCCUGAAGUUUCAUGAGAAAACAGCUCUUGUUUGAAACACCUCUGGGACUGUGACUUAGAUCUGAGUAUGGUUAGCCCUGUGAAGCAUUGUUGCACACCAGUACAUGGCCUUAAUGAUGGGAGCGUAGAAGUAUGUUGUGCCUUUACAUUUUUCCUUUACUCCUCUGACAAAUGGGUGUGUCUCAAGUGCAUUCAGUGUGUUUAACUUUUCCUUACCUCUCCAAAACCAAUAUUCAAUUAUGGAUUUAGUUAUGUUAUUGCUUUCAGGCAAUACAAAUAUUUUUUUGAAUAACCUGUACUCAGUGAGUGGACCAACCAACCAAGGUGGUGUAUGUUGUGGGCACCUGAAAGCAAACAGCUCACUGUGUAUGGAUGGUUGAUCUGUGUGUGGGUGCUGGUGAUCCAAUCUGUGUAGCUGCCUGGGCCAGCUGCCAGGGAAGAGAUGCUUGUGCUUGAGCAUUCAGGAGACAAAAAUUCUGUUUUGUUUUUAGAUUUUUUUUUUUUUUUUCCAUUGCAUCUGUCUGGUACAGAUUGAGGAAACCCAAGGUUAAUGCACACGGAGCCUUCAUCCUUUCUGGCUUUUCCUGCUUAGCAAGUACUGGGCUGGUCAGUUGUGGAAAAGCUUGUUUUGCAGAUCAGAAACAUAAUUGGACUUUGUAUUUCUGGUGACAUUGGUGUUUGGCGUUGUGUAAACAGUUGUGGAUGAAGUACUUGGGAGUGGGGAUUAACAUCCUCAGGCUUUUGUAGCCAAAAUCUUAAGAGAAAGUAGUGUUGAAUUCAGAAGGCUUAUCAUACAUGUGUAAGGGACAGAAACAGUACCACAGUUCCAAAUUACAGCAAGACUGACCAGAACAAACCAACCUCACUCCACAGGCAUCCACUGAACAGUAGAAAUAGCAAACACGUGGAGUGCUUUUGGACUUGUGAAGGAUUCCCCUAGGAUGAUCAGCUAUGGUUGCAUCCACCUCUGAAAGCACUUGUGACCCAUGCUGUGGUUCUUGAAAGCAGCAAAACAUUUCAAGGAUCUGUGGAAACAUGGAAAACUACAACUCAUAACAGCUAAAGGACUAAAUCUGGAAUAAUAAUGAGUUCUGUCAGGAAGGAAUGGUCUGACCAGUUUUGUUGGCUUUCAUUCUAAUUGCUUUAAAUUUUCAUGCGAUUUUACCGUAGGUAUCUUAUUAAUGGGCUUCAGCCACCUGACAAAGUUCUACAGGAACAUGACGUUUCAUGGAACAUCUUAAAACUUAGCAAUUAAUGAAUUUGGAUAUUAAACCUGUAAAUAUAUCUGUACAUUCAAAUAUGAAUGUAUGUCAAGGAUAAUUCAUUUAAGAAUUUCUUGUACAUGUUUCUUAGCUUGCAACAAAGCUUUACACAAAUGUUAGUGUUUUCUUAUGGAAUUGAUUUGUCUCUUUUUUCCCUACGUUUGCUUUCAGUAUAAAAGUGCUUUUAAGUGUGUUUGAGAGUGCAAAAGUGAUUCCUACAUAAACAUUUGAUUUAUGUAAAUACAAAGAAAAGAAAUGUACUGCUUGCCUACAUGAAUAAACAGAUAUAUCUAUGUGAAGUAUAGAGUAAAUAAAAAUAAGUCAGUGUUUGUUUGGGAUAAAAUGGCAGGAGGAGCUCAAACUAGCUUUUAGCUGACCAAGACUCUUAAAUCCCUUUUCAGUUUUUGUGAGCCUAAAAUUUACUUAUUAAGACCUAUCAACAUUGAUAAAC